AUUUGUUCUAUGGCCUCGGAGUUGGAUGCCGGGGACGAUGGCAGCUGCACUGAGCUGGCAAAGCCCCUCUAUCUUCAGUACCUGGAGAAGGCCCUCCGGUUGGACCAUUUCUUGCGACAGACAACAGCCAUCUUCAACAGGAAUAUUUCUAGUGAUGACAGUGAAGAUGGACUGGAUGACAGUAAUCCUUUACUGCCCCAGUCUGGGGAUCCCUUAAUACAAGUUAAGGAAGAACCUCCAAAUUCAUUGCUUGGUGAAACUUCCGGAGCAAGCAGCUCUGGAAUGCUAAAUACUUACUCACUGAAUGGAGUCCUCCAGUCAGAAUCAAGAUCUGACAAAGGGAAUUUAUAUAACUUCUCUAAGCUGAAGAAAAGUAGAAAAUGGUUAAAGAGCAUUCUGCUAAGUGAUGAGUCCAGUGAGGCAGAUUCUCAGAGUGAAGACAAUGAGGAGGAGGAGGAGGAGGAAGAAGAGGAAGAAGAACUCAAUCUCAGCCGAGAAGAACUUCACAAUAUGCUGCGACUACACAAAUACAAGAAGCUUCACCAGAAUAAGUAUAGUAAAGACAAGGAGUUACAGCAAUACCAGUACUACAGUGCAGGCCUGCUUUCUACAUAUGAUCCUUUCUAUGAGCAACAACGGCACCUGCUUGGACCUAAGAAAAAGAAAUUCAAGGAGGAAAAGAAACUUAAAGCAAAGUUAAAAAAAGUGAAGAAAAAAAGGCGAAGAGAUGAAGAACUUUCCUCUGAGGAGUCUCCUCAUCUCCACCAUCACCAGACCAAAGUCUUUGCCAAGUUCUCUCAUGAUGCACCUCCACCUGGCACCAAGAAGAAGCAUUUAUCCAUUGAGCAGCUUAAUGCUCGUCGUAGGAAAGUAUGGCUCAGCAUUGUGAAAAAGGAACUACCAAAGGCCAACAAACAGAAAGCAUCAGCUCAUAAUCUGUUUCUCACCAAUAGCCGAAAGCUUGCCCACCAGUGUAUGAAGGAAGUUCGUCGUGCAGCCUUGCAAGCCCAAAAGAACUGUAAAGAGACUUUACCUCGGGCCCGCCGGCUCACCAAGGAGAUGCUUCUGUACUGGAAGAAGUAUGAGAAAGUAGAGAAGGAACACCGAAAACGCGCAGAGAAAGAAGCUUUGGAGCAGCGAAAGUUGGAUGAGGAAAUGCGGGAGGCUAAGAGGCAACAGCGAAAACUGAACUUCUUAAUCACCCAGACGGAGUUGUAUGCCCAUUUCAUGAGUCGAAAACGAGAUAUGGGUCAUGAUGGGAUCCAAGAAGAAAUCCUAAGAAAACUUGAAGACAGUUCUUCUCAGAGACAAAUUGACAUUGGUGGAGGUGUGGUGGUUAAUAUCACACAAGAGGAUUAUGAUAGUAACCAUUUUAAGGCCCAGGCCCUGAAAAAUGCUGAAAAUGCUUACCAUAUUCACCAAGCCCGGACAAGAUCAUUUGAUGAAGAUGCAAAAGAAAGCCGAGCAGCUGCCCUUCGGGCAGCCAACAGAUCUGGCACUGGGUUUGGGGAGAGCUACAGCCUGGCAAACCCCUCAAUCCGGGCCGGUGAGGAUAUUCCACAGCCUACAAUUUUUAAUGGCAAAUUAAAAGGUUAUCAACUGAAAGGCAUGAAUUGGUUGGCCAAUCUUUAUGAACAGGGUAUUAAUGGCAUUCUUGCUGAUGAAAUGGGCCUUGGUAAAACAGUACAGAGCAUUGCUCUCCUGGCACAUCUGGCUGAGAGAGAGAACAUUUGGGGACCUUUCCUAAUAAUUUCACCUGCUUCUACACUUAACAAUUGGCACCAGGAGUUUACUAGAUUUGUUCCUAAAUUUAAGGUGCUUCCAUAUUGGGGAAAUCCUCAUGAUAGAAAAGUUAUCCGGAGAUUCUGGAGUCAGAAGACCCUGUAUACUCAGGAUGCUCCCUUCCAUGUGGUUAUCACCAGCUACCAGUUGGUGGUGCAAGAUGUAAAGUAUUUCCAGCGAGUUAAGUGGCAGUACAUGGUCCUUGAUGAGGCCCAGGCGCUCAAGAGUAGUUCCAGUGUUCGUUGGAAAAUCCUCUUGCAAUUCCAGUGUCGGAAUCGGCUUUUGCUAACUGGGACACCCAUUCAGAACACUAUGGCAGAGCUCUGGGCUCUGUUACAUUUCAUUAUGCCAACAUUAUUUGAUUCACAUGAGGAAUUUAAUGAAUGGUUUUCCAAAGACAUUGAGAGCCAUGCCGAAAACAAAUCUGCUAUUGAUGAGAAUCAACUUUCUCGUUUACACAUGAUCCUGAAGCCCUUUAUGUUAAGGAGAAUCAAGAAAGAUGUGGAAAAUGAGCUAUCAGACAAAAUUGAGAUUCUAAUGUACUGCCAAUUGACCAGCCGGCAAAAGCUGCUAUAUCAGGCAUUAAAGAACAAAAUCUCCAUUGAGGAUUUGUUGCAGUCUUCUAUGGGCUCAACCCAGCAAGCACAGACCACCACCAGCAGCCUCAUGAAUCUGGUCAUGCAGUUUAGGAAGGUAUGUAAUCACCCAGAGUUAUUUGAACGACAAGAAACAUGGUCUCCAUUUCAUAUUUCCCUAAAGCCAUACCAGAUUUCAAAAUUUGUCUACCGUCAUGGACAGAUCAGGGUCUUUAACCAUUCACGAGACAGGUGGUUACGAGUUUUUCUUUCUCCUUUUGCACCUGACCAUAUCCAGCAGUCGCUCUUCCAUAGAAAAGGAGUUAAUGAAGAAAGUUGUUUCUCUUUCCUUCGAUUUAUUGAUGUAUCUCCAGCAGAAAUGGCAAACUUUAUGCUUCAGGGACUUUUGGCCAGAUGGUUAGCUAUUUUCCUGUCUCUGAAAGCCUCCUACAGGCUCCAUCAACUACGCUCCUGGGGAGACCCAGAAGGGGAGAGCCAGCAGAGUUAUCUGAGAAACAAGGAUUUCCUUCUUGAGGUUAAUUUUCCACUCUCCUUUCCCAACCUUUGUAGCUGCCCUUUGUUAAAGUCUCUUGUUUUCAGCAGUCACUGUAAAGCAGUGAGUGGCUACUCAGACCAUGUCAUCCAUCAGCAGAGAUCAUCUACCUCCUCCCUUCGUUGCUGUCUACUCACCGAGCUACCGUCUUUUUUAUGUGUGGCCAGUCCACGAGUCACCGCAGUGCCGCUGGAUUAUUACUGUAAUGACCGAAGUGCAGAGUAUGAGCAGCGCAUGCUGAAAGAAGGAGGGAGUUUGGCAGCCAAGCAGUGUUUGUUGAAUGGGGCCCCUGAACUGGCUACAGACUGGUUAAAUCGACGGUCACAGUUCUUCCCAGAGCCACCUGGAGGACUGUGGAGCAUCAGGCCUCACAAUGGCUGGUCUUUCAUUAGGAUUCCAGGCAAGGAAAGCCUCAUCACUGACAGUGGAAAGCUGUAUGCCCUUGAUGUUCUGCUGACUCGGCUCAAGUCUCAAGGACAUAGGGUCCUUAUCUACUCACAGAUGACCAGGAUGAUAGACCUGCUGGAGGAAUAUAUGGUUUACAGGAAACAUACUUACAUGAGACUUGAUGGCUCAUCCAAGAUUUCAGAGAGGCGGGACAUGGUUGCUGAUUUUCAGAACAGAAAUGACAUCUUUGUGUUCCUGUUAAGCACAAGAGCUGGAGGACUGGGUAUCAAUCUCACUGCUGCAGACACAGUGAUUUUCUAUGAUAGCGACUGGAACCCCACUGUGGACCAGCAAGCCAUGGACAGGGCCCAUCGCUUGGGGCAGACAAAGCAGGUUACUGUGUACCGCCUCAUCUGUAAAGGUACCAUUGAGGAACGUAUUCUUCAGAGAGCCAAGGAGAAGAGUGAGAUUCAGCGGAUGGUGAUUUCAGGCGGGAACUUCAAGCCAGAUACCCUGAAACCCAAAGAGGUGGUUAGUCUUCUUCUAGAUGAUGAAGAGUUGGAGAAGAAACUGAGACUGAGACAAGAAGAAAAACGUCAACAGGAAGAAACCAACCGAGUGAAAGAGCGCAAGCGCAAGCGGGAAAAAUAUGCAGAGAAGAAAAAAAAGGAAGAUGAAUUGGAUGGGAAAAGGCGAAAGGAGGGUGUGAACCUAGUGAUCCCGUUUGUUCCUUCGGCUGAUAACUCCAACCUCUCUGCUGAUGGGGAUGACUCCUUCAUUAGUGUGGACUCUGCCAUGCCCAGCCCUUUCAGUGAGAUCUCCAUCAGCAGUGAGCUGCACACUGGCUCCAUUCCCCCUGAUGAGAGCAGCAGUGACAUGCUCGUCAUUGUGGAUGACCCUGCCUCCUCAGCCCCUCAGUCCCGGGCCACCAACUCUCCUGCUUCCAUUACAGGCUCUGUCUCAGACACCGUGAAUGGAAUUUCCAUUCAGGAAAUGCCAGCUGCAGCAGGACGUGGUCACUCAGCUCGAAGCCGAGGCCGCCCCAAAGGUUCGGGAACCACAGCCAAAGGAGCAGGCAAAGGUCGGAGCCGGAAGUCCACGGCAGGCAGUGCAGCUGCGAUGGCAGGAGCCAAAGCAGGGGCCGCAGCAGCAUCAGCAGCCGCCUAUGCUGCAUACGGGUACAACGUGUCGAAAGGAAUCUCUGCCAGCAGUCCUCUGCAGACAUCCCUUGUUCGACCUGCUGGCCUUGCUGACUUUGGACCUUCAAGCGCCUCUUCUCCCUUGAGUUCCCCUUUAAACAAAGGAAAUAAUGUUCCUGGGGCUCCCAAGAGCCUCCAUCUGACCAGCAACCUGACCACAGAUUCUCUGGUUCGGAAACAAGGCAAAGGCUCCAACCCCUCUGGAGGACGGUAA